AUGUUAUCUUAUAUUGAAUUUCUUUACGUUUUCUCAUUUGUUUGUACAUUAAUUUUCUCGCUUAAUGUUUUUGCUUCUGACUGUGAUCCUUCUAUUACUUAUCCACCUUUAAAUCGACCUGGUCCAUCGUAUACUGUUCCACGUUCAAAUUUAUCCAACUAUUUAAAAUGUUAUAAAGGUGAAAAUCAUCGAAAACGAUGGAUUUUAUUUGUUCCAGGCUCAACAGAAGAAGUAAAAGAAUUGUACAGUUGGAAUUGGAUGCGAAUAAUGGAUAAAAAACGAUGGUCUUAUUGUACAGUACAAUUACCAGAAAAAGGUUUAGGCGAUUUACAAGUGGCUGCAGAAUAUAUUGUAUUUGCGAUUAGAAAAAUGUACAAAAAGACAACUAGAGAAAAAGAAAAGGGUAUUCGUAAUAAAACGAAGAUUAAUAUAAUCGGUCAUUCUCUUGGUGGUACUCUUCCUCGUUUUGCAUUUCGGUUUUGGCCCGAUAUUCGACUUAUGGUAAAUCAUUUGAUUGCCUUUGGACCAACAAAUCAUGGAACAAUUAUGGCUGAUAAAGCGUGUAGUCUACUUCAUUGUCCUAUUGCUGUUACUCAACAAAGAAUCAAUUCUUCAUUUCUUUGUGCACUUAAUUCAUAUCAAGAAACAUUUUCUUCAAUCAAAUACACAAAUAUUUUAUCGAAAUUUGAUGAAAUUGUUCGACCAUUGAAUGGUAGCGAAAUAAAUGAAAAAAAUGUAACAAAUAUUUAUAUUCAAGAUCUUUGCCCAUUUCGAGUAUUUGCUGAACAUCUUGGUGCAGGAAUUUAUGAUUAUUGUGGUUAUAUUUUAACAAUGAAUGCAUUACGUUCUCGAUCAUUAAAUAAUAUAUCAGCAGAAAAAUGUUGUUCGAAGACAUUAAUGCCUGGUAUAAAUAUAUCGAAGACAGAAUUUCUUUCUAAAGUUGCUUAUUCAGCUGAAGAACAUGCACGACAUUUGCUUAUCAAUUUUGGUGAAGUAAAUGAAGAACCAGAACUUAGAUGUCCAUUUCGAACUGAUUGUAUUAUAGGAAGAAGAAAAGUAAAAAGAACAAAACUACGAUAA